AUGGGCCCCACUAGAUUGCCGCCGACGUGGAUCCUGCUCACCAUCCAAGGCACGACGCCGCGGGAGGCGGUGGUUCUCGCCAUCCGGACUGACAAUGUCUACAUUGUUGGCUUCAAGAAUGCGGCGGGAGUCUGGUUCGCCUUCCCGGCCUUCAAACGCCUGAUCAAGGGCUCGACGCCGCUCCCCAAGGGGCUCGACUACCGCAGCCUCGUCGGCAGCUACGGGAACCUCAAGUAUCUCCACGUCAACCGAAGCCAAGUCCUCCAAGACGUGCGCUUUCUCUCAACGUAUAGGCUCCCUUCCCGGCCCGACAUGGCCCACAACGCCAAGCUCGGUAGCAGUCUGGCAAGGUUGUGCGUUGUGGUCACAGAGACCGCCAGGUUCAAGACGACAAACGCCACGGUGGUGGCGGCAAUGGACGAGCAAGGAGGCCCGAGCCGGAUCACCGAACAAGAAACGAAGCUCGUCGUCAUUUGGGGGGUCACGUCCAAGUCCCUACUUGAGUGGCCAAAGUAUGGGUGCCCGAAGAUGCUGCCGAAGUAG